UUUUUUUUUUUUUUUUUUUAAUCCUGUCUAGUGUGACUAUUCAUGCAUUCUACUGCAGAAAUAUUCAUCUGUCUUGGGGCGGUUGGACAGGAUGGAAAGUGAAGUGACCUCAUCAACUUGUGCCUUUGGAACUGCCAAGUUCCUCUAGUGUCGUACUUCUCCCCCUGGGGUCUGUGUACCCCUGAGAGUGUGCAGGGCACGUAGGGAGGUACAGUGUACACAUGCCUGAUUGCUGAAGCAGUCACAUUUAUUUGAUGAUUUGAGGGGGGUUAUGAAAUAUUAAAAUAUGUAUGGUAGAGUAAAAUGCAAGUUUUCCGCAUUUGAAAAAUCAUGAGAUUUCGGAGAAAUUCUGGUACUGUGGUUAGGGUGGGGGAAGCUUCUUCAUCCUCCUUGACUGGGCGCUCAAGCACUGCCUCACUCAGAACCCUCACAGUUUGCAUUGCUGUGCUGCUACCUGGCUGGACUCUGGGUUUUGUGCUUGUGAAGUUCCCUAGGACCACACAGCAUGGCAGAAACUUCUGCGACUAUGACCGUGUCGAAGAAAGAAUAACACUGGUGCGUCAGUCAGACUGACAUUGAUGAGAAAGGGAGAUGCACCAAAGUGGAGGCCUGGAAGCAGGCAGUGAGUAAUGGCGGCAGCUCUGGGGGAUCCCGGACUCUCCAGAUUGCAGUUUGCCCCCUUCAGCAGUGCCUUGGAUGUUGGAUUCUGGCACGAGUUGACCCAGAAGAAGCUGAACGAGUAUCGGUUGGAUGAAGCUCCCAAGGACAUUAAGGGUUAUUACUACAAUGGUGAUUCUGCUGGGCUGCCAGCUCGCUUAACAUUGGAGUUCAGUGCUUUUGACAUGAGCGCUCCCACUCCAGCCCGCUGCUGCCCGGCCGUCGGCACGCUGCACAACACCAACACACUCGAGGCUUUCAAGGCUGCAGAUAAGAAGCUACUUCUGGAACAAGCCGCCAACGAGAUCUGGGAAUCCAUCAGAUCGGGGGCUGCGCUUGACAACCCUGUCCUCCUCAACAAGUUCCUCCUCUUGACGUUCGCGGAUCUAAAGAAGUACCACUUCUACUAUUGGUUUUGCUCCCCUGCUCUCUGCCUUCCGGAGAGUAUACCCCUCAUUCAGGGUCCAGUGGGCUUGGAUCAAAGGUUCUCACCAAAACAGAUUCAAGCGCUUGAGCGUGCAUAUGAUGAUCUUUGUCACGCAGAAGGAGUCCCAGCGCUGCCGUACUUCUUAAUCAAGUAUGACGAGAACACAGUGCUGGUUUCCUCUCUUAAACACUACAGUGAUUUCUUCCGAGGUCAAAGGACGAAGAUGACUGUUGGUGUAUAUGACCCCUGUAACUUAGCCCAGUACCCUGGAUGGCCUUUGAGGAAUUUUUUGGUCCUAGCAGCCCACAGAUGGAGUAGCAGUUUCCAGUCUGUUGAAGUGCUCUGCUUCCGGGACCGCACCCUGCAGGGGCUGAGAGAUGUCACCCACAGCAUCAUCUUCGAAGUGAAGCUUCCAGAAAUGGCAUUUAGCCCAGAUUGUCCCAAGGCGGUUGGAUGGGAAAAAAACCAGAAAGGAGGCAUGGGACCAAGGAUGGUGAACCUCAGCGAAUGUAUGGACCCUAAAAGGUUAGCAGAGUCAUCAGUGGAUCUAAAUCUCAAACUGAUGUGUUGGAGAUUGGUCCCCACUUUGGACUUAGACAAGGUUGUGUCUGUCAAGUGUCUGCUGCUUGGAGCCGGCACCUUGGGUUGUAACGUAGCCAGGACGUUGAUGGGUUGGGGCGUCAGACACAUCACAUUUGUGGAUAAUGCCAGGAUCUCCUAUUCCAACCCCGUGAGACAGCCUCUGUAUGAAUUUGAAGAUUGCCUGGCGGGGGGUAAGCCCAAGGCCCUGGCUGCAGCAGACCGGCUCCAGAAAAUAUUCCCCGGAGUGAACGCCAGAGGGUUCAACAUGAGCAUCCCCAUGCCGGGACACCCAGUGAACUUCUCCAGCGUCACCCUGGAGCAGGCCCGCAGGGACGUGGAACAGCUGGAGCAGCUCAUCGAAGGCCAUGACGUCGUGUUCCUGCUGAUGGACACCCGGGAGAGCCGGUGGCUGCCUGCCGUCAUCGCCGCAAGCAAGAGAAAGCUGGUCAUCAAUGCUGCCUUGGGAUUUGACACGUUUGUGGUCAUGAGACAUGGCCUGAAGAAGCCUAAGCAGCAGGGAGCCGGGGACUUGUGUCCCAGCAACCCCGUGGUACCUGCCGACCUCCUGGGCCCAUCACUUUUUGCCAACAUCCCUGGCUACAAACUUGGCUGCUAUUUCUGCAAUGAUGUGGUAGCCCCAGGAGAUUCAACCAGAGACCGGACCCUGGACCAGCAGUGCACUGUGAGUCGUCCGGGACUGGCCAUGAUUGCAGGAGCCCUGGCAGUGGAAUUGAUGGUUUCCGUGUUGCAGCAUCCAGAAGGGGGCUACGCCAUUGCCAGCAGCAGUGACGACCGCAUGAAUGAGCCUCCCACCUCUCUCGGGCUCGUGCCUCACCAGAUACGAGGAUUUCUGUCACGAUUUGAUCAUGUCCUUCCUGUCAGCCUGGCAUUUGACAAAUGUACAGCUUGUUCUUCCAAAGUUCUUGAUCGCUAUGAACGAGAAGGAUUUCAUUUCCUGGCGAAGGUGUUUAAUUCUUCACAUUCCUUCUUAGAGGACUUGACUGGUCUUACAUUGCUGCAUCAAGAGACCCAGGCUGCUGAGAUCUGGGACAUGAGCGACGACGAGACCGUCUGACACGCCCGCCCUCCCUGGCUGCCCGCCGAGGGGCUCAGUCUCUGGAACAGGACGCCGCCCCCAGGACCGCUGAUUCUGGGCCCCGGGCCCCUCCGGCCUUUCCGGUCCCCUCGUCUCUAUACCUUGAGGACUGGGGGCCCUCUCUCCGCUGUCCAGGAGCUUCUGGUGUUCUCCAUUUCUUAUGAUUCAUGAUCCCACUGGUACUGAGCUAAAUAAUAACCUUGGCUUCGGCACUGCCA